UCCAACCCUACAGAACAAUUCGUUGAGAAAUCCUCUUGCGCCCAGCCUUUGAGUGAUUUAUCCAGCCUGGACCCCCACGGGGAUUUUAGCACCAGCCCUUCAUCCCUGUGCACCGAACCCCUCAUCCCCACUACCCCCAUCAUCCCCAGCGAGGAAAUGGCCAAAAUCUCCUGCAGCCUGGAAACCAAAGAGCUCUGGGACAAGUUUCACGAGCUGGGGACCGAGAUGAUCAUCACCAAAUCCGGGAGGAGAAUGUUUCCUACGAUCAGAGUUUCCUUCUCGGGAGUGGAUCCUGAAGCCAAAUACAUUGUGUUAAUGGAUAUAGUUCCUGUGGACAAUAAAAGAUAUAGAUAUGCCUACCACAGGUCUUCCUGGUUAGUGGCUGGAAAAGCUGACCCUCCGCUCCCUGCAAGGUUGUACGUACACCCUGACUCCCCAUUUACUGGAGAGCAACUGCUGAAGCAGAUGGUGUCCUUCGAAAAAGUCAAACUCACCAACAACGAGCUGGAUCAGCAUGGCCACAUUAUUUUGAACUCCAUGCACAAGUACCAGCCAAGGGUCCACAUCAUUAAGAAGAAGGAUCACACAGCUUCUUUGCUAAAUCUGAAAUCAGAAGAGUUCAGGACAUUUAUCUUUCCUGAGACAGUUUUUACUGCAGUUACCGCCUACCAGAACCAAUUGAUAACUAAGUUGAAAAUUGACAGCAACCCUUUUGCUAAAGGAUUCCGGGACUCUUCCAGACUCACUGAUAUCGAGAGAGAAAGUGUGGAGAGCCUUAUCCAAAAGCAUUCCUAUGCCCGAUCCCCCAUUCGAACCUACGGAGGAGAAGAUGAUCUAGGAGAUGAGAGCCAGGCAACGCAAAGCAGAGGGUCAGCCUUCACAACAUCUGAUAACCUGUCCCUCAGUUCCUGGGUAUCCUCCUCAAACAGUUUUCCUGGAUUUCAGCAUCCCCAGUCUUUGACUGCCCUGGGUACCAGCACCGCAUCCAUAGCUACACCCAUUCCUCACCCCAUCCAAGGAUCUCUGCCUCCGUACAGCCGCCUGGGAAUGCCUCUGACCCCCUCUGCUCUAGCCAGCUCCAUGCAAGGUAGUGGCCCCACUUUUCCUUCCUUCCACAUGCCCAGGUACCACCAUUAUUUCCAGCAGGGUCCUUACGCAGCUAUCCAGGGACUGCGUCACUCCUCCGCAGUGAUGACGCCGUUCGUAUGA